UCGGAGUUCGCGGACCGGGACCAAGUUUAGUAAAUAAUGGGCACAGCCACGGACUUUAUAUUUCCCUACAUUUCACCAAAUUUUCACCACUAUGAAUCCUCAUAGUUCAGACGAAGACAACGACGCACCGGAGGCUGUCUCACUUUCCCAAUCCAAGAAACUCAUCCAACAGCAAAAUUCUUCUAUUCAGCAAUUUGAAAAUGCUCAAAAACAGAAAACGCGAGCGAAGAACCGUGAACGGGACCGCAAGUUGAAGGACCAAGCCCAAGGACGGAAGAAGGGGAAAGGGAAGGAGGCGGUUGUUGACAAGGAAGAUGAGGAGAGCUCCGGUGAUGAUGAAGGCGAUAACGAUGCUAUUGCCCGGAUGCAGCGAGCAAUGAAAGAGGCCGGGGAGGAAAGCGACGAGGAUAUGGAUGACGAUGCGGAGAUGCAUAGCGAUGAAGACGAAGAGGAAGGGGAGGAAGAAGAAGAAGAAGAAUUUCAUGGCUUUGACGCUCCACGAAACUCCAAUCACCUCCCAGACCACCUGUUCACCGAAGCGGCGACGUUUGUAUCUUCCGUUGAGCAGAAAACCAAGCCACAGUCACCAAAAGAGGCAGAAAAGACCAGAAAACGAAAGAGAUCUUCCACUAAUAAGGCCAAGGACCGUGUACUUGGGUCCCGCAUCAUCAGAGCAUUACCCUAUGAAUCUAAUAAGCCCCCUUCUGGAACAGCCUCGAUGGUCCCUACAGCAAAAGUGCGCAAGUUUCUCGACCGCAAUCUGUUUUUGAGAAAAACAGACAAACGUGUCGGCGGUUGGGAGCGGAGAGCUGCAAAUAUUGGGAGCAUGAAAAUAAACAACGGGCCAGCAGCGCACUUCUUGUCGCUAUCAAAUUGCCAAGUAUCGACGGAUUCCUCCAGCGCACACUUUUCGUCGAAAUUACCUGCCACGGCCUUCAUAUCCUCAUAGGACGCAAAAUGAUCCAAGGGGCAUGUCGAUCCGGGACCGUAAGCAUAUCCAGGAAUUAGAACGGGUGCCUACCUGCGCGUACAUACUCUCGUCACCUGGUAAUGUGGCCAUCAUCUGGUUGGCGACAUAAUACACGUCGUUACUGCUGUUUCAAGUCGAUCAUCAAGAGCAACGUAUUCCACAAGCCCAGGACGGAUAUGAGUCGUACUAAACGAUACUUAAUUACUAGGCGAGCAACUGACCAUCCAAUAUUCCAACAUUCAAGUAUCCGGGUCAGCGUCAAAACCAAGCUUCCGAACAUGAAACCGCAUUCUUCAGUUCUGGUAGUUCCGCAACUUGCCGGGCCUCGGGCCGUCCGUUAUGUGAAU